AAGAAUUUCCGUAUUAAUGAUGACUUCAAAGUCAGGAUUACGUGGAUAAAUAUCUUCAUGGGAAAUACAUCAUUGUAGCGACCGGGCAGCUAACCGAGGAUGACAAAGAGAAUGAGAUAUCGAGAGUGGAAAUGGCUCGGGCUUUGGUGGUGUCAUUUCGUUCUGUUGAGGAUUACAAUCGAAGGACAGACUCGAUACAGCAUCCCGGAGGAAGUGAAACGGGGUUCUGUGGUUGGAAAUCUCGCAAAAGACCUCGGUUUGGGAUUAGCAGACAUUUUGGACCGUAAGCUGCGGGUCGCCUCUGAGGCUGGCGAGCAGUACUUCGGCGUGGACGCGGGGAAGGGCGAGCUAGUGGUGACUGACAGAAUAGACAGAGAGGCUUUAUGUGGACAAAGCGCCAGCUGUGUUCUGUCUCUGCAAGUUGUGACAGAGAAUCCCCUGCAGCUGUACCGGAUAGAGGUGGAAGUGAAGGACAUAAAUGACGACUCUCCGGUUUUUGUCAAAGAAGAGCGGCAUCUAAAGAUAGCCGAAUCCACCGCUGCUGGUAUACGCUUUCCUCUGGACACCGCACGGGAUCAGGAUUUUGGGAGUAAUUCGGUAAAGUCGUACACAUUAAGCAAAAGCGAAUGUUUCAGCUUGAAAAUGAAGGAGCUGCCCGGUGACCGACAUGUUCCUGAGCUCGUGCUGGAGAAACCGCUCGACCGGGAGAAACAGAGCGUGCAUCAGUUGUUACUGACGGCGUUAGACGGAGGCAGCCCUGUGAAAACUGGAACCACAAAUAUCAUUGUGACCGUGUUGGACAACAACGACAACGUCCCGGUGUUUAAAAGGACGUUGUAUAACAUUUCCGUGCCUGAAAAUAGCGCCGUUGGUUCCGUGCUUGCUCAAGUUGAAGCCACGGAUGAAGACGAGGGAGUGAAUGCAGAGAUCGAGUACAGAUUCGCUGACAGUACAGCGCAGUCACUGCUAUCCAUUUUUAAGAUGAAUUCAGACACAGGCGAAAUUAUUUUAUUGAACGCGUUAGAUUACGAGAGCAGUAACAAGAUUGAAAUAAGUAUCACAGCAAAGGACAAAGGACUUCCAGAAAUGGAGGGUCACUGUCGCCUACAAAUAGUUGUAAUAGACGUCAAUGAUAAUGUACCAGAAAUAAUAUUAACUUCCAAGCCCAGCCCUGUACGAGAGGACGCACCGAAAGGUACAGUGGUGGCUUUAAUAAGUGCACGUGAUCUCGAUUCAGGCAAUAAUGGCAAUGUAGCAUUAAAACUUGCCCCUGGAUCUCCUUUCAGUUUGAAAGCUUCUUUCUCAAACAAUUACGCCCUGAUUACUGCUGGUGUUUUAGACCGAGAAAAAUCUCCAGAAUAUAAUAUUGAGAUAACAGCGAGUGAUUCGGGUUCCCCGCCUCUGUCAAGUAAGAAAACGAUUCAUGUCAGCAUCACUGAUGUAAAUGACAACCCUCCUACUUUCAGUCAGGCCUCAUAUAACGUGUAUGUCAAAGAGAAUAGAUUACCGGGAUCUAUACUUCACUCAGUGUCAGCAUCUGAUUUGGAUUCUGGUGAAAACGCAAAGAUCUCUUACUCCAUUCUAGACUCUAAAGUGCAGGACGUCUCUGUCUCGUCUUAUGUUUACAUUAACUCAGAUAACGGGAGCAUCUACAGCAUGCACUCGUUUGACUAUGAGAAGCUGAAAGUGUUUCAGAUUCAGGUCCAAGCAAAGGAUCAGGGCUCUCCGUCUCUCAGUAGCAACGCCACUGUCCAUGUUUUCAUCCUGGACCAGAACGAUAAUACCCCCGCUGUUAUUUACCCCUGCUCCGCUGCCCUGGGCUCCCUCUCUCAUCAGAGGAUGCCCCGCUCCGCCAAAGCGGGUCACCUGGUCACCAAGGUAACGGCCGUGGACGCUGACUCGGGCCAUAACGCCUGGGUCUCGUAUAGACUGGCGGAGGCCACAGACGCCUCUCUGUUCACCGUCAAUCAGUACACAGGAGAGGUGAGGACUAAACGCGCUGUGUACGAGCAGGACGACUCCUCUCAGAGGCUGCUGAUAGAGAUCAAGGACGACGGGCAACCGGUUCAGUCCGCCACCGCCACGGUGUCCAUCCUGCUGGAGGACGGUCUCCAUGAACCCAUUUUAGACCUCCGACACAAAAUGUCCGAGCCCAGCAAGAAAACCGGCAGAAUCACCCUUUAUUUGAUUCUGUCUCUGGCCUCAGUGUCCGUGCUGUCUCUGGUGACUUUUCUCAUCCUGGCGGUGAAAUGCAUCAGGGGCAGCAGAAGCAGCGGGAGCUGCUGCAUGAGAAGGAGCGACUGUGAUGAUUACAAGAACCCCAACAGAAACCUGCAGAUUCAGCUCAACACUGAUGGACCUAUAAAAUACGUGGAGGUCCUGGGAGGAGACAUGAUGUCUCAGAGUCAGUCGUUCAGGUCCUGCAUGUCUCCCAUGUCAGAGUACAGUGAUUUCACAUUGAUCAAACCCAGCAGCACCACAGACUUUAAAGAAGUUAUCAGUGUUCUGGACGCGUCUUUACCCGACAGCACCUGGACCUUUGAGAGUCAGCAGGUGAGCAUAGAGUCACGUUAAUGUUCAUUUAGAUAGAUUUACAUCAACAUUAAACAAAUUGUGUAAAAGUUAUAUAUAUCUUAACAAAAACACUUUACUAAUCUUGCAGUUGCUUUCUG